UCCUCAGCCAUGAUAAGAAACGAUACCCACUUUUGGUCCCCCGCCCAUAGCGAUGGGCUUUCUGAAUCAGAUCUGUCGAAGAUCCAUGAUACUAUAAAAAAGAGAAAUCUUUAUCAUAUUCCUCGUCUGAAUUUUUGUUGUGACUGUCUGGAACGCAUUGAAGACGAUGAUUUUCGCUCCGGCUGCAAUUCAUGUGGCAAGCAGUGGCAUCUUCGUUGCAUCCCAAGUUCACCGGCCGUUAUAAACCACCCGUUCCACGCGUACCAUCCGCUCGAGCUUCUCAUUGAUGUCCCACCUGAACACUCUAAGGGGAAAUGCGAUGCAUGUAAGGAAGAACUCAAGAGCUAUUUCUACCAUUGUUCGUUAUGCAAUUUCAGCAUGCACGUGAGGUGUUCCAGGAACCCGCCACCACCCAAGGUGAAAACUUCGAAGUGCCACGAGCGUGAACUCUUCUGUAUGGUUAGAAAUGACACCUUCACAUGCAACGCUUGUGGUACGCAUGGUGAACGAUGCCCUUACGUAUGCGCUCCAUGCGGUGUUAUGUUCCACCGGGAAUGUAUCGAUCUACCACACGUCAUAAACAUCAAUCGCCACGACCACCGGGUCUCUCACACCUAUUCUCUUGGUUUUGGGAAUUGGAAAUGCAUGAUUUGUCACAAGAUGGUGGACUGGAGGUACGGGGCUUAUUCUUGUUCCACAUGUCCUGAUUAUGUCGUUCACUCAAAAUGCGCAACUAGAGUUGAUGUGUGGGAUGGUGAAGAGCUGGAAGGGGUGCCUGAAGAAACUUUUGUUGUUUCGCCAUUCAGAGAGAUUGAAAAGGGACUUACAAUUGAACAUUUCUCCCAUAAAGACCAUUUCUUAAUUAAGAUUGAUGAAGAGGAUGAUAUACUUGAUGUAAGCAUCCGUUGUGAAGCUUGCGUCCGCCCUAUUUUUUCUGAGACGCACUACAAGUGUAUGCAAUGCGACGACUUUUUCAUCCACGAAACAUGUGCUAAUCUUCCUCUUCGAAAGCGACAUUGGCUCUCCACGAAGCCGUUUUAUUUAAACGCCAAUAAGGAUGAAAGCAAAUCUCUCUUUCGAUGCGAUGCAUGUGAAACAACAUCCAACGGUUUCAAGUACGAGAGUGAGGGUCCUGAAGGAGUAAUAUCACUAGAUAUUCGGUGUGCGUUCGUGAUCUCAUCAGUAUCACUAGAAUGUCACACACAUACCCUCUUUCUCACUACGAUGGACAGGGGCACUUGUGGGGGCUGUAAAGUCUCCGAACAGUAUGUGCUGCGUUGUACUGAAUCUGAAUGUGAAUGUGAUUUCUCCUUGUGCUUGGCGUGUGCUACUCUACCGGAAAAGAUAAAACGCAAAGGUGAUGAGCAUUUUCUAUUCUUGCGCCAUGGUGAGAAAGCCAGCGGUAAGUAUUGGUGUGAAGUUUGUGAAGCCGUUUUAGAUCCACGUGAGGAAUGGUUUUACACAUGCGAUGUUUCCGGAGUCACGUUUCAUAUUAAGUGUGUGGUUGGGGAGUUUCCAAAUGCUAAGCCAGGAUUCACUUAUCAUUAUCAUUGUGUGCUAGGGGAGGAUCCGGCACUCAUGUACGCAAGAUACCACCGUCCCGUCCAGGGGGAGAAGGCGGAGAAAAUAGAACUUGUUCACAAUAACCGUAUUACGAGACCAAAUUGCGCCACAUGCGGCUCUCGUUGCCUACGUCCCCUUAUUUUAAAGCUCAAAUUGGUGAAUACAUAUGAGGUUUAUUGUUGUGAUGUUAAAUGUUCUCUCCAGUUUUUGAUGAACACCACAAAAAAAUAUCAAGACCUACAUAAAAAAAUGUAUGGCGAAACAUCGUGGCCUAGUGGUCAGAGUUUUGUGGUUUCUACAUCAAAUCCGGGGAUUCGAUUCUCAGAUAAUACAGUUAUCUUGAGAUUACAGGAUCGUAUGUAAAAUUUAUUGGAAGUUUUAGAGAGCUGCCGACAGAGCCAAAACCGUCCAUUCAUCUGAGUAUUACUGGAAGAGCUGCAUCAUAAAAGCGUAAGUUGUUCAUCAAUAUCACAUAUGUUUUUUUUU